ACCUCCGCUAUGAGCGAGUUGUCAAAAUAAUAAAAAGACGAUAAAAACAUAAAAAGUAAAGUGGAUUAGUAAAAGUUAAAGUUCUAUUAUUUUUCGGUAAAUAAUCGGUACCAGUUCACAUGUACCAACAAUAUCUAAACCAAGCAGUUCGGACACUGCAAAAUCUAAGCUCCGACGAACUCAAAGAUCUGCUAAACGAUGACGACAAGCUGGACGAACGAGUUGACUUGGCCGUGCAAACAUUGGAGUCUGAGAAAGAUGUCAUUUUAAGCGAAAAUCGCAGUUUGGCCGAAAGCAACCUGGAAAAAGAGCCCAAAUUGAUUGAACUUCGAUCCAAAGUGAACGAACUCUCCGAACAGGGCAGAGCGCUAGCGACUUCGGUGAAGGAAAAAUCCGAGGAACUAAAGACCAAAUCCAGUAGCACAAAUCCCGACACAGUCUUGGCGCUCCUUCAGGCAGCGGCGGCGGAAAGUGAAGAAGAGUCGGAAAAGAUUGUUAAAACAUUUUUGGACGGCGAACUGUCGAUUGAUGCCUAUCUGGAGCAGUUUAUGACUCCCCGAAAAGCCAUGCACAGUCGGAAGCUCAAAGCAGAGAAGAUGGUUGAACUCCUUCGGAACGGUACGAAUCAACAACGAACAGGCAUGUUGCCUCCACUGCAUGGUUCUCCGGCGCCCGGAAUUUCUCCGUAUCCUUCGCAUGGCAGUGGAUUUUAUCCACCGCCUCCGCAGCCCUCUGUUGGCAGUAUACCGUAUCCGAUUGGACCCAUUUCGAUGCCUAUGCCGGGAAUGUUCCGACCGCCAUAUUGAGACAAAUAAAUGUUCACUAACUA